AUUGAAUUAUUUCAGUAACAUCGCCAAGACAAUAAAGUGCCAAUAUGAAAGUCAUUUCGAGCUUUUUUGCUUUUUAUAUUUUACAAACUGCGUUUUCAGAACAGUUGCCCUCAAAUUUCAAGAAAUGCAGUUCGAAGGACACAAAGUGUUUGGAAGAAGCUAUCGAAGAUUCACUGAUCAAGAUUGGUGGUGGAAUCAAGGAGCUUGGUGUACCUAGUUUGGAUCCUUUGAAGAUAUCCAAAUUAACGAUUGGUGCUGGUAAUCUUGUGCAACUGGUACAAAAUUAUGAAAAAAUCACUCUUGCCGGUUUUUCUACAGGAAAAUUGAAAGAUUUGAACUUCGAUUUAGAUAAGGGAAAAAUUUCGUUUGGAGUAAAUUUUGAUAAGCUUGAAUUCAAGAGUUCCUAUGUUGUUAAAGGUAAAAUUUUAGUACUGGAUGUAUUUGGCAAAGGAAAUUGUGUUAUACAAUUAGAAAAUGUCAGUGGAGCAGUGGACAUGGAAGUUCAAAAAUAUGAGAAAAACGGUGAAACCUAUCUGAAAGUCAACAAGUUCACACUGAAAGCCGAACCAAAAAACGUUCAUUUUCAAUUCGACAAUCUUUUCGAUGGUAACAAGCAACUUGGUGAUAAUAUCAACAACGUGUUGAAUGAUAAUUGGAGAGAAAUAUAUGAUGAGCUGAAGGCAGAUUAUCUCAACUCCUUUUCGAGGUACUUGAUUAAAUUAUCAAACAAAUUAUUCGAGAAAAUACCUUUGAAAAAUAUAUUUUUGGACUACCAAUAUUAUUGGAAGAAACGUGGAAGUAGCACCGAUAUGAUAUUGACCGCAAGUGUUUUAGCUGUUUCUUUUUUUCAAAUAGCCAUCACAGAACAACUUCCUUCCAACUUCAAGAGAUGCAGUUCGAAGGAUUCCUUAUGUUUGAAAGAAGCUAUCCAAGGUGCAUUACCUUUAUUAGCCAAUGGCAUUAAGGAGCUUGGGGUUCCACCUCUAGAUCCUGUUAGAGUGUCCAAACUUACUGUUAAAGCUGGAAAGAUGGUGCAACUGGUUCAAAAUUACCAUAACGUUGAAUAUCAUGGUUUAUCGCAAUCGAAAUUGAAUGAUGUGAGUUUUGAUUUAGAGAAAGGCAAGAUCAUAAUCGAUUUCAUUGCCCCCAUGGUGAAUUUAAACAGCAAUUACGAAGUGAGAGGUAAAAUUCUGGUUCUAGACGUUUAUGGCAAAGGAAAAGCUACCAUUAAGCUUAAAAACAUUAACUCGAAAAUGACAAUGGAAGUUCAGAAAUACGAGAGAAAUGACGAGACAUAUUUGAAAGUGACCAAUAUCAAACUGGAAGGACAGCCAGAACAUGUCGUUUACCAAUUUGAUAAUCUUUUCGAUGGCAACAAGCAACUAGGAGAUAACAUCAAUAAUGUGUUGAAUGACAAUUGGAGAGAAAUUUAUGAAGAGUUGAAAGAGGAAUACUGGAUCGCAGUAUCGAAAUACUUGACUAAGUUAACCAACAAAUUGUUUGAGAAAAUACCUAUAAAAUUUUUAUUUCUUGAUUAGCGGUUUGAUAUAAAACAAUUAUUUGUAUGAGAAUCAUUCACUUUUAAAUUGUUACCAUGAUUAAAUAUAUAUUAUGAUUA